UAACUUUAUAAUGGAGACUGAAACUAAUAUAGUAAACCAAUUUAUAAGACCAAUUAGGUUAACUUAUAAAAAUCCAUGUUUCACUCAAAUAGAAGCAGAAGCAUCGAAUCAGAUAAACGUCUGGCAUAAAUUCAUAUUAUUUAACAUAGAUAAAGAAGAUAAAAAUAUAGUACUGGAUAAUUUAAUUGAAACUUGUGCACCAAUUUUUUUUAUUCCUGUAAUGUUUAAAAUGGAAAGUGAAAACAAAGCAACAUUUCUUACUAUUUGUCGUUCUAACACUAUUCAAAAGCUAGUCAAUCAAAAAUUACAAAUUAAAAUUUCAACUGGAAAACUUAUAUACUAUGAUAUAGUUCUUUCUUUUAUUGCUUGUAAAGAUAUAGAAUUAAAUCCACAACAAAUAAUAACUAAUGUUAUUAGAUUAUGUUUUGGUAGAGAACCAAUAUCAAAAAAAAGUUUAAAUCUUGAAAAUUUUACACAUAAUAAAUUACUAGGAUCAAUAUAUUGUCCAAUUCAUAUUUCAUCAGUAUUUGAUGCUAUUUUACGCUUCUCAAGAUCAGUGGUUACACCAAAUUAUAUUCGAGAUGUCAAGCUUCCAGUAAGAGAUUUAAUUUUAAGAAAUAAUAAUAUGGAAUCUAUUGCAUUUACUGAGAAAGUUUUUGGUUUUCAUUUUAGUAAACUUGAUGUACGUAAUAAUAAAUUAGCUGAUAUAAACUUACUUAGACCAUUUUCUGAGUAUAAAAUAACAGAAUUAUGGCUUGAUGGUAAUCCUUUUUGUAGUAAAUAUGAAUCAUCCAAGGAUUAUAUUAAUGCAGUAAAAUCACUUUUCCCUCAUUUGCAAGUAUUAGAUGGACAUAUUAUUGGAGUUGAACAAAGAAUAAUUCCAAUACAUAAUAAACACUUUAUAAAUGAUAAAAUAAAACUAAAUUUAAUAAAACAAUUUGUUGAACAUUUUUUUACAUGCUAUGAUCAAAAUGACAGAAUAGUAUUAAAUGGAUUGUAUGAUACUGGAGCACUAUUUUCAAUGACAGUUGGACCAAUUUCGGAUAACUCGCAUAAGCAAAUUAUAAAAUAUUUUGCAACAAACAGAAAUUUAUUAAAAUUUGUUGACUAUGCCAAAUGUGCAGAAUUUUUAUUAUUUGGACCAGAAAAAAUUAUUUCUGCAUUGAGAAGGGAGCCUCCUACACUUCAUAAAUUAAAAUAUUUAGAUAUUGAUCUACUCUAUAGCACAAAUAACUCCUUUGCUGUGUCUGUACAAGGUCCUUUUUUAUACAGGAAAACUAAUGUGUCACCAUUAUGGUUUCAAAGGACUCUUAUUGUUGUAGCUAAAGAAGAUAAUGAAUUUUGUAUAAUUAAUGAUCAAUAUCAUUUAGAUAACUGUCCAACAAAUUUAAAUAACGUAGAUUUAAAUGAAUUAAAAACUAUAACAGAUAAAUCAGUUCCCCUAUUUAAUCCAACAUCAUUUAGUAUGGCAGAGAAAUAUCAACUUUUAAGACUUCUACAAGAAUUAACUACUAUGAAUACAGAAUUUUGUAAUAAAUUUUUAAGAGAAGCUAAUUGGGAUAUUCGUCAAGCAAUUAAAACUUUUAUGCAAACCUAUGUAAAUAAUAAAUUACCAUCAGAAGCUUUUUAA